CAGAAAAUCCAGUUCAGGGUACUUGUCUGGUGAAGGUGUCAUUCUUCCAAAACUCAAUAUGGCCUCAAUCUGUUACUUUUAAAGUUGCAUUUUGUUGAACCGUAGCCAUAGAAUAAACUCCAAAAGAAUAGCCUACUUUUUAACUCCACAUUCAUAGCUGAUCCAUGUUGUAUUAUGCAAACACUAUUCUCUAACUGACUCAGGUGUAGUAUCCUUUGUAUGCUUUAGUUUUGUACCCCCUACAGACUGUAACAAUGUACAAUAGCAUGUUGGAAUUAUAUUGUCUCUGACAUGCUAAUUUCGCCAAAUUAGUAUUAGUUUUCUUUCCCAAAAAAUAUCCAAAAUGUUGUUUGUGUUUAGUUAUUUGUUGUCUAAAAAUGUAAAUCUCUCCAAGUUUACACCUCAAUGACAAACAUAACAGGAAUGUCAAGCACCAUGUAUAAUUUGUGUUCUUCACUCUUCUAUGAGGUCUCAGGCUUUCCUUUUGAUGUCAUAGCAACAUUCAAAAUGUUGUUGUUCAUGUGUUUAAUUAUUUUGUUAUCUAGAAAUUGAAAUAUCCAAGUUAAUAACUCAAUGACAAACAUAAAAUGAAUGUCAAGCACCAUGUGUAAUUUGUGUUCUUCAUUCUUCUAUGAGGUCACAGACUUUCCUUUGAUGUCAUAGCAACAUUCUAAACCAUCAUUUGUAAUCAAGUAUGAUUGAGAAUGAAUGAUCAUACAAUCAGUCUGAGUCUGAGUUUUUUUUCAUAAAUCCUUUUGGUAGCAGUAUCCAAAUGUAGUUGGUUUUUGUACACUAAAGAAGAACUAUACCAUAGUUCUUCUAGACAUGAAAAAAUCUUCAGCUACAAUCUAAGUUGUAGCUGUGCUGAGGUAGGCUGAGGGGACUGGAUGCGAAAGCUUCUAUCUUUACCAGUGUUUUACCAGUCACUAAAUGGAGGGCCCUGAGAUAGCAGAAAAUAUUUUGCCAACUUAUGCCGGCUAUGAUAAGGAUAGACCUCAGGAUGGCAGAGAGGUGGAAAAUGGUAAAAUAAAUGAAGAGAAUAUGGAGGAGGAUAGAGAGGGUGAACAGUCUAUGUGGGCCCUCCUCCCACACACAUGCCUCCUCCAGGUGUUCCUGCACCUCAACGAUCGGGACAGGGUGCGCGCUGCGCUGGUAUGUCGCCACUGGCACCACGUGGUGCGCUCUCCCUCCCUGUGGCGGGUGAGGACCUUCAACUUCUCCGGCCGCGUGUCGCGCAGCCAUCGAUCCGAGAUGGAGACGGCCGUCAGCUUCGCCACGUCGUACGGCCGCUACCUGGAGGACCUGGAGAUCCGCUUCUCGCACCCCAUCAACUCCCUGGUGACGCGGCGCUUCCAGCAGGCCACGAGAGCGUUCCUGUCGGCCUUGCGCAAAACCCACAGCCGCCUACAAGCCCUCACUAUCAAACACCUGGACCUGGACCGCUCUUCUUGGUGUCGCAGCGUACGGUGCGGCCUCCUGCGCAGUCUGACCUACUACCUGCGCAAGGAAGGCUCCUGGAUGAACUACAUGAACCUCCGAGGGGCCAGGUUCAACCUGCAGCAGGGUCUGGAGGUUCUGGAGGCCCUCUCCACGGCCCAGCGGCACAAGCACAUCGGCCGACGCCUGGGCCUGGCCACCCUGAACCUGGAGGACUAUUUCAGCCAGUCCAUCCCCGUGUACAACAACGCCGACUUCCCGCAGAUCAUGCAACGCUUCAGAGGCCUGACCACGCUCACUAUGAACUACAGUUGUGUGUCGGAGCAGCUGCUGGACGCCCUGGCGACGGGCUGCAGGGGCCUGGACAACAGUGGACAACCGAUGCUGCGGUCACUCACCAUACGCUGCCACAUCCACGAGCCCCACGGCCAGAUGAUCUGGGGCAAUGCCUGGGCUAACUUGGCCAGGCGAUGCCCGGAGCUCCGCGUGCACAUGUACGUGGAGCGCAUCCUGAACUUAGACAGCCUUAGCCGCAUCCUGUUGCGCGAGAUCCCCAUCAAGACCCUCAGCCUCUCCAGCUGCUACUUCAGCGAGCAGGACUGGAGUGCCAAGCCUGCGCUCUCCCAGUUGGCACCCUUCUAUCAUCAACACUUACAGAGACUGAGUCUGGACUUGAACAACUGCCACGAGCAGGUGGAUGAGGAGCUGCUGGAGUUGAUCCUGAGCUGCAAGAAGCUGGUCUACCUGAAGGUCUGGGCCUUCCUCAGCAUCAACUUCCUGGAGAGGCUCCUCCAGAGCCGCAUGGAGAGGAAAAUCAACGUCAAAACUAUAAAGGUGCGGAUCUACACCAACACAUUUGAGACGCAGGAGGAGGACGAGAUGCUGGAAGGGCUUCAUCUGCGCUACAGGCCGCUCAUCGACUCGGAGCUCAACUACUUUGCCUGCUCCUACCCCAUGCUGUGAAAACUGCAAAGCCUGUGUUACAAUUACUGCAAAGCCUGCUACACUGAUGGACUACAGUCACACUCCAUAUGUAGUGGCAUGAAUUAUAGAUUUUAAAAAUGCUCUUUCAAAAGUUCAAAUGUUGUUUUGUAUUUGUAAUAAUGGUAUAUUUCACUGGCCCAGUCAGGGCGAUUAUUACCCUUCGAUAUUGUAAAAUAAUAAAAUGACCAGAUUAUGCAA